AUGUGCAAGAACCCAAUGUGCAUGUUAUUUGGAUUUGUGGGUGGAAUCUUGAUGAUGUGGUGGAGUGUGGGGGAUGGUAUUCUUACCUCAACAAGCAAAAGGGUUGGAUCCCAGAUGAGGAGAUGGUGUUCAUCUUUGAUGAAGCACAGGUGUCGUACAAGGAUGGGGAACUCUGGAACGAUUUGUUCAAGUGUAUACACGACUACCCUGAGCGUCGUGCCUUGCCUUUGCAAGUUAUGUUUACUUCCCACUGCCGAUGAGGGCAAUCUCUCAGCUGCGGGUCUCCUUUUCACUCAUGCAGAGUUUGAUGAGCUGGUUUCCAAGCACUAUCCAGAUUCAGAGUAUCACUUCCAUCCAUCCUUCCUUGAGAUGGUCUUCAAGAUUACUGAUGGACAUGUGGGAGCAAUGUAUUCCUUCUUCCAUAUUAUUCUUGGAUCUGACCAAUAUCGCGAGCUCAAACACUCUGGACAAUGUUACACUUUGGAGCUGUUUCAGAAAACAGGCAGUCCAGUUUGGUUCUUGCAACAAUUUGAAAGUGCAGCUGCUGGUGUAUUCAGGAGAGGACUGCUUCCAGACGAUGCUCUCAGGGUGCUGGCUGUUGCUUGUGUAUUUUUUGCUGUCCUUUGUAUGGGUUCUAUGCAAGAUACCAACUUCACUACUGAGGACAAUACCAGGGCGCUCCAGCUAUGUUUCAGUGAAGGUUGGCUUCACACUGACUACAUCGACAACAAAACUGAGUACUUUUUCCCAUCGACAUUUCAUCGCUGGUACGUAGAAUGGAAGCUGUGGGACAUCUUGGAUACAACCUUCCAUGCAGACAAGAUCCUAGACUUUGUGAUCAAUGUCAUUUCUAUAUUCUCUCCACAAAUGCUUUCAACAAAGCGGAGAGUAACCACUGCUGGUCAUGUUCAACAUUCACCUCAAGCUCAAUAUCAAAAUGAAUUUUACCGUUGCUGUCACACUCAUUCCAAUGGCUCACUUAUACUGUUCCCUGAAUUUGGUACAACAAAAGGGCAGGUUGAUUUUUACAUCCCUGCUAAACAAUGGGGGGUGACACUACUGCAAGAUGGCGACCAGCUUGUGCAACAUUCCGGGCAAUUUUCAUCGCAACCUGGAUUGUAUGGAACCACUCUUCCUUUGAUAGACUACAUCAUCCUCGAUUGUUGUACAACCACACCCAGAUUACCUCACCCAGAUCUUCAAAAAUUGUUCCAUAUUGUGUUUAAUGAUGGAUUCAGUCAAGUUAAGAUUCUAGACAAUGAGCUGAAGGAAGUGCCCCGUGGAGAAUUCAUGCUCUUGGCAAUGUCACUGUGA